AUGUCUAGUCCAGCUAAAAAGCGAAAGACAAAUGGUCCCGACUCGUCAAAACAACCGACACGCAGUAUUAAAUCUUUUUUUCAAGGACAAGCCACUGAACGAUUCAGUUCAAGAGAGCCCGACGUCACUGAGCAAACACUCUCAGAUGAAGCUUUUGCGCGCAAGCUACAAGCUGAGUGGAACGGACAAGAAAAUGACAAUUCCCCCACAGAAGCCACAGCAGCAGACUCGCAGAGCAAUGUAGCUCCAUCUAUACCAAUACCGUCCAUUCCACCAUCGGUAGCUCCAGUGGCCUCGAAGAAUACUCUAUCGCUACAAUCAUCAGCUGGCACAGAGGAUACAAUAUCCCUUGCGAUUCCUUUGGACCAGAGCCCCUUGACUUUUGAUGCAACUCAAUGGGCAGCAGAAUUGCGGUCGCAUUGGAUGACCCAAGGCGGAGAUGCUUCUUACGCUUUGUUAACGAGAGCAUUUGUUCUCGCAAAUGCAACAACGAGUCGAAUCAAAAUUGUCGAUACGCUAGUUAAUUUCCUUCGAAUAUUAAUUGAAGGAGAUCCUUCAAGUGUCCUGCCUGCCGUAUGGCUAGCAACCAAUUCGAUAUCGCCACCAUACGAUGAGCUCGAGCUAGGCCUAGGGGGUUCCUCCAUUUCGAAGGCACUGAAAAAGAUUUACGGCCUUGAUAACUCAGGUCUCAAAACACUUUACGAUAAACACGGUGAUGCAGGAGACGUUGCUUUUGAGGCCAAAAAACGGCAGUCCUUCACAUUAGUCAAGCCGAAACCAUUAAGGAUCAAAGGCGUCUUCCAGUCACUAACAAAGAUUGCCACAAGCAAAGGAACUGGCAGCCAGGAGACCAAGCAGAGAAUUGUCGAAAAGCUCCUGCAGGAUGCGCGAGGCGCUGAGGAGAGUCGUUAUAUUGUUCGUACGUUGGUCCAGAACCUACGAAUUGGCGCGGUGAAGACGACGAUGCUCAUUGCCCUUGCACGAGCUGUUCUCUAUUCUAAACCGAUAGGGGCGGAUUUUGAAGUCCGACCGCGGCACGAAUUAGCCCGUCUGAAAAAGGAUGAGCUUGCCGAGAUUUACAGCAAUGCGGAAGAAAUUGUCAAGGCGUCUUAUGCUCGACAUCCGGACUACAAUGAUUUGGUCCCUUGCUUGUUGGAGAUUGGGCCUACUGCAGAGAUUUUGGUUAGGUGCGGUCUGUCUAUGCACAUUCCAUUGAGGCCGAUGCUGGGUAGCAUCACGCGUGAUCUGUCUGAUAUGUUGACGAAGCUCCAAGGAAGGGCCUUCAGCUGUGAAUACAAAUACGACGGGCAACGUGCACAAGUUCACUGUGAUCAGCAAGGGAAAGUCUCUAUUUUCUCACGUCAUCUUGAACUCAUGACGGAUAAGUAUCCAGAUCUUGUAUCUCUUGUCCCACAGAUUCGAGGAGAAGGUGUGUCCAGUUUUAUAUUGGAAGGCGAAGUGGUUGCCGUGGAUCGGGAGACUGGCGACUUGCAGCCUUUUCAAGUUUUGACAAAUCGUGCAAAGAAAAAUGUGGAAAUUGGAGAGAUCAAAGUCAACGUGUGUCUUUUCGCGUUUGAUCUUAUGUAUCUCAAUGGUGAACCUCUACUAGACCGACCUUUUCGAGAACGCCGCGAGCUACUCCGGAGUCUAUUUGUGGAGAUUUCCAAGCACUUUACCUGGGUAAAGAGUAUGGAUGCAACAUCAACUGAUUCUGAACAUGUGCUUGAAUUUUUCAAGUCCGCCACGGAUGUUAAAUGCGAAGGCAUAAUGGUGAAAGUGCUCGACAAUGAGGCCAAAUUUGAUAUCCAACAAAACAAUGGCCUCGACGAACCAGACGGGCCAUCCGUUCAAGUAACUUGCGAAAAGAAUAAUACGAAACCAAAAGAAAAGGCCACUCGACGUAAGGCGCUCCUUUCAACCUACGAACCCGAUAAGCGCCUCGAAUCCUGGCUCAAAGUAAAGAAAGACUACAACGCAUCUUCAGAAACCCUCGACCUAAUCCCGGUAGCUGGUUGGCACGGCCAAGGCCGCAAAGCUAAAUGGUGGUCACCAAUUCUUCUAGCAGUCCGAAAUCCAGAAACUGGAAGUCUAGAAGCUGUCACAAAAUGCAUGUCUGGCUUCACAGACAAAUUCUACCAGGGCAAUAAAGACAAGUACGCGGAAGGUAGCACAAACGUGAUCUCGCGGCCUAGUUAUGUGGAAUACAACGGCUCGCCGGAUGUGUGGUUUGAACCGCAGGAAGUGUGGGAAAUGGCCUUUGCAGACAUCACACUCAGCCCGACGUACCCAGCUGCCAUUGGGUUGGUCAGUGAGGAGCGCGGGUUGAGUCUGCGAUUUCCGCGCUUUUUGAAGGUCCGCGAGGACAAGUCAAUCGAUGAGGCUACAACAUCUGAUUAUUUAGCGCUACUAUGGCGGAAACAGAUGGAACGCACUAGUCUUGAGGAUGGGAAGGCUGAAGAAGAUGAACAAGAUGAACAGUAA